GGAGCAGCUGCUGGUACUUAGCGUAUUUACGGGGUGGACGAGUACUGUUGGACUCGACGGGCUUGAGCAACGCCCAUAUGCUGGGAUCGUGUUCACGUCAAGCCAGAACAUGUGGAACGUAGCAAUAGAUUCGAAACAUCAAAAGGAAGGGGUAGCGCUUGCAACCGACGGGACAUACAAGCUUCACUUCGGGGGAUGGACGCUCAUUGACAUAGGCGUUGUGUACACAAGAUUUUCCAACAACAAGUUUGGUAGCUCUUUCAUGCCAUGGUCGUACCUGUUUGUGCGCUCAGAAUGCGAGGAAGCCUAUUCGCAGCUAUUGCGAGUAUUCGCUGAAGCGUUUGACACGUUCUUCGACUACCCGCUCGACGUUGCGACGUGCUCAAUUGAUCACACCCAGUACAUCCAAACCACUCUCAAGAAGCAGUGGCCGCAAGUCCAUGUUGUCAUUUGCACUCAAAUCCACCUCAUGCGAUCUGCACGGACGUGGAUGCAAUUUCAUGCUAUUGCAAGUGUCGUCCUCAUGGACUGGGAAACAUCGCUCGCGGAGGAGGAAUUUGCACAGUGGUUCCAAGAAACCUAUUUGCUGCCCCCCUGGGACGUUUGGUUCUUCGUUGCGUCGCUCACUCCUGGAAUUCCUGCACAUCAACAGCACAUUGAGAGCCAUCAUAAGCGUAUCAAACAGUGCGAGUUGGUCCGCCUCAAGUACAAGUGCGAUUGCCUCGCGUAUCAUGAGUCAGGGUGGCUAUGUGCGCAUACGAUUACUUGUUGCAACCUCAUCAACGACUUCGACUUAAAGUUAAGGGCUGGUCUAGAUGCCACCCCAUAA